GUCUUGCAUAACGUGUAUACCUGCAACACCGGAUGCAAGCUCGCACUGCCGAGCCGUUUAUAUCAUCCGUACCUGGCUGUUCUGCGCUCAUGCAGCUAUGCACAGCGCACGCAUCCAUGACGGGCUCAGCGACGAUGCCGCGAAGCAAGGACGUCUGCGCAGCCUGCUCCGCGCCCACCGCGCGCCAGCCGUUCGUCGUCUUCUGCGGCAAGUGCCUGAGGCAGUUCCACUGCAAAUGCGUCGGGAUCAAGGAUGAGGACCACGACUUGGUCGUCGGCACGUUCAAGUGCUUCGCUUGCACCAGGCGUCACGACCCGGAGAGCGCCGCAGUCCUGGGCGGCGGCACCGCGGGCACGCCGGCCGUCGUCCGUGCACCUCAUCACAAGCCUGAAGUCGUGUCGCCGACGGGCGACUCGGACCUGCUCCAAGUGGUGCGUCUCCUCUGCCGUAAAGUCGACGCCGUAGCGGCCGACGUGCGCUCGCUUAAAGACGACAACGCGUCUCUUCUCGAACGAUUCGCCGAACAGGACGUGGAAGGCCAGAACCUCGCCGUCCACAGUAGCAAGAAGGGCCUGCUCUGUCAAAAGAUUGACGGGACGUCCGCGGAGCUGUGUCCGUUGAACAACGCGAACGAAGUCCUUUGUUGCCAGAUCGCGACGAAAGACGCGGCAGAACGUCUCGCUCCAGGCGGUGGCGGCAAGGGCGUGGUCUGCGUGGGGCAACGAGACGGUGCCUGCACCAGCGACGACUGCGAACUGUUCCAGCAGGUAGCCCUUCUUCGGCGGGACGUGGACGCCCUCGCGAGCGACGUGCGCCUGCUCAACAACGAGAGUGAGCUAUUCCGGUUGCACUUGGCCAGAACGACGGAAGUUCUGGGUAAGAUCGCGCUCGGGUUGGAGGACAGGCGUCCUGCUCCUCCGCUUCCGUGCGCGGCGACGGCGGCGAGCCCGAAAAGCUACGCGGCCGCUUUGAGAGGCGACGCCCGCCAUUGUGUCGGAGGAACGGUUAUCGAGAAACCUCCUUCGCCCACCAAAGAGCUCGAGUCGAAACGGAGCAUCGCAACGGAGACUUCGAGAGAAUUGGAAGGCCGCCGUGAUACCGCCGCCUUGAAAGGGGCUCUGCCUCCGCGUAGCUCUUCUACAUCGUCUGCGGCGAAGAACAACGCUCCCUUCUAUAAGAAGCCCCGCGGACUUCCAGGAGGUCGACGCGGCCGCAAGUUACAGUCUUGCGUAGGAACGUGCCCCAACAGCGAGCUGCUGUCCGCCGCGCCAAGGCGUCCCGCCCGCCGAGCGCUGUUCGUCUCCCGUCUGCACGCGUCGACGACGUCCAAGAGCAUCUCCGACUACGUCAACGGCGUGACGGGUGGCGCGUGCGUGUGCACGAAGCUGCCGUCCAAGCACGACACGUACGCCUCGUUUCACGUGGCCGUGGACGAGUGUGACUUCGAGGGCCUCCUGAAGGCGGAAUUGUGGCCCGCCGGCUGCCUUUUCCGACCGUUUUACGGCAACAUAAAGGAAGCCCGCUGCUCCGACUCUCAGAGUGUGAUGAUCGAGAAGUCGAAGUGAGCGUUCGGUCUGCCCGACUGCUCAGUGCAUUUUGCGAACAAUCGGUGCAAUUAACAUUUGCUUGUAUGUGUGCCAGGCUUACUAGAAAUCAGAUGUAACCAGCCGGCUCUAUUUUAUCUCGAGUAAACCGUUUACCUCUUACUUAAAUAUUGCUUUCUGGUUGGCUUCGUUCCGAGUUUUCUGUGCAUAUUACGGCAUUUGUAAGUACUGUAUAGUGUUGUAAUUAAGUAUCCAAGCAUAUGCAUGCAUACUGACUUUAAAUACGCACUUUUGAACCUAGUAUUGCUGAUUUGUUCGAAGUGUACUACAAACAAAUCUACUAUAGGGUGUACUAGAUUCAAGACAAUGAUUCGAUGCAGAUAUACCUAUAAGGGUAAUAUCUCAGAUAUUCGGAGGCUCUCGUUUUCUGCCAUUUACUGAGUUUGUAAGUCUUGCGUAGUGUUAGUAAAGUGUUUUGUU